AUGAAGACCUCGCUUCUCACGCUCUUGGCCGCCGCUUCUAUGGCCUCUGCCGCCGGCCCUCGUUACGUCAUGUACUUUGACGAGUGGCACUUCGAUCCUCUCCCACCCAAGGAGGUCACCGCAGGCAUCAACUAUGUCAUCACCGCCUUCGCCAACCCCGCGAACUUCACCGACGCGCAGCCCCCCGCGUAUAAGCCCUUCAUGUCGCUCGACAAGAUCCGCGCCCUCUUCGACGCCGGCACCAAGGUGUGCAUGGCCGUUGGCGGCUGGGGCAUGAACGAAGGCUUCGACAUCGCCACCGUCUCCGACGCGUCGCGCAAGCAAUUCGCCAAGAACGUCGCCAGCGUCGCCACCACCCUCGGCUACGACUGCGUCGAAGUCGACUGGGAGUACCCCGGCGGAAACGGCGAGGACUACAAGAAGAACCCCAACUCGGGCAAGGUCGGCGCGAUCGAGACCUACCCGCUGCUCCUCAAGGAGAUCAAGGCCGCCAUCAGCCCCAUGGAGCUCUCCAUCGCGGUCCCCGGCAAGGAGGUCGACAUGAUGGCCUACACCGCCGAGCAGAUGCCCAAGAUCAAUGCCACCGUCGACUUUGUCAACGUCAUGACCUACGAUUUGAUGAACCGCCGCGACAACGUCACCAACCACCACACCUCGAUCAAGGGCUCCCUCGCCGUCAUCGACAUGUACCUCGCCCGCGGCAUGCCCGCCGACAAGAUGAACCUCGGCUUCGCCUUCUACGCCAAGUACUUCACCACCGCCAGCGACGUCACCUGCGACAAGCCCACCGGCUGCAAGACGGCCCUGCUCGAGUACGCCAACGGCACCGACGCGGGCCUCUCCGGCGCCGCCACCUUUGAGGGCUCCAGCUACUCCGGCGCCUUCGCCCAGGCCGUCGAGAAAGGCAAGGCCGACGAGGAGGAGGGCGGCCAGUGGUACUGGGACUCGGCGGCCCACGUCUACUGGACCUUUGACACGCCCGAGUUCAUCGCCAAGAAGUUCACCGAUAUUGUCAAGGCCAAGGGGCUGGGCGGCGUCAUGGCAUGGAGUCUAGGCCUGGACAGCCUUGACUGGAGACACCUCAAGGCCAUGCAGAGGGGCGUCAAGUGCAUGUCAUCAUAG